AUGAAGCUUAAAGAAAUCUACAGGACGUCCACUUUUGCGUGGUCACCGACCGCAUCGCUCCCCCUCAUUGCGACGGGCUCGGUUGCUGGCGCACUCGAUGAGUCUUUCUCGAACGAAUCUCAGCUCGAAAUAUGGCAACCGGAUUUCAUGGACAAGAACGAAUAUGAUCUCGGAGGAGAUGGUUUGCCUGCCCCAAAGGGCGCGGUCACCGACAGCUCAAGGUUCAACCGUCUUGCAUGGGGUCAAGUGCAUGGAGACCGCUCACGCGGUGUCAUUGCAGCUGGUAUGGAAAACGGCGAACUUGCUCUGUGGGACCCAGCAAAAAUUAUUGUUAAUGCCGACGUCUCCGACUCUCUGAUCCUUCGCAACACCAGCCAUACUGGUCCCGUCCGUGGCCUUGAUUUCAACCCCAUACAAACAAACCUUCUGGCUUCUGGUGCCAUCAACGGCGAGGUUUAUAUCUGGGAUCUCAAUGACCCGUCGAAGCCGUACUCGCCUACGCCAGGCACGCGGAGCACAAAGCUUGAUGAGAUCACUUCCGUUGCUUGGAAUCAACAGGUACAAUACGUGCUUGCAGGCGCUAGUAGUACGGGGUAUACUGUAGUAUGGGAUCUGCGAGGGAAACGCGAGGUGGUCGCCCUCGCUUACGGUGGUGGUGCGGGCACGCUUGCAGGCCAAAGUGGUGUUGGUAGUGGAAUGGCCGUUGGCGGCAGACGCGGCAUGAGUGCGAUUGCGUGGCACCCUGACAAUGCAACUCGCCUUGUUACCGCUUCCGAGGAUGACCUGUCUCCCGUAAUCAUGGUUUGGGAUCUUCGAAAUGCACGUGCACCGGAAAAAAUCCUUACGGGGCACGAGAAGGGUGUUCUGUCGCUCUCGUGGUGCAAGCAUGAUGCAGACCUCUUGCUUUCGUGCGGAAAGGACAAUCGCGCUCUCUGUUGGAACCCGCAGACAUCUGAGAUCAUUGGCGAGCUUCCUUCUGCGGGUAAUUGGGCUUUCCAAGUGGAAUGGUGCCCACGAAAUCCUGAUCUCCUGGCUACUGCUUUCUUCGAUGGCACGGUUGGGAUUCACUCUAUCCAGUCUACGAAUGAUGCUUCAGUCCCCCCGGUGACCCCAAAACCCGAUGGCGCAGAUGUGUUUGACGUGCCAGGUUACUCCCGUACCACAGCUCCGACGCUCAGUCUUAAACAACCACCCAAGUGGCUCCGCUGUCCAUCUUCCUGUUCGUUUGGGUUCGGUGGGCAGCUUGUCAGCGUCGGUAAUUUACCUGCAGCUUCGGGGAAAAACCAGAGCAGCGUUGUGCACAUCCGAAAAGUUAUUGCAGAGACAGAUAUUGUUGACCGGGCUCAAAAGUUGCAACAAGCUGUGGAUACCAAUACCUUGAGCACAUUCGCAGAAGAGCGGGUAAGCUCGGAGAAAGCUGGUGAGGAUGGCUGGAAGGCCCUUCUGAGUUUGUUUCGUGCGAAUUCGAGGGACGAACUUGUCACGCUGUUAGGCUACUCUAAAGAGGAGGUCAAGGGGCGUGUGGAGGAAGCGGUUGCGAAGCUGAAGGAGAUUGUAUCAGUCAACACGUCCAGCUAUAGCGUGGAUGAAUCUGGUGCGGACCCUGCGAAACCUCACGAACCAGUGGUGUCCUUUGCGGAACCAGAAGCACAAUACGAUGGCAGUGAAGAGGAUUUGUCGACAAUGGGUGCUGAAAAGACGCCUUCAGAGGUGAGCGCCAGCGUUGCAUCCGACGCCGUCCAGGUCACAGACGGUGAAUCCACGACUACUGCUCCAAGUCUCUUUGGUGAUGAAGGUGCCCUUGGUACACCCCAAAUGGAUGCGGGUGCUGACUUCUUCAGCACAAUUGGCGCUGCGCCCGAACUCGAGGUGCCUCAUCAUAACUACGGUCUCGAUUCAAGUGUUGCUGCCACAAUUGGUUCUGGUCCCUCGAGUGUAGCAAGCGAGAACCUGAAGAACAACACGUUCAGAAUCUACCCCUCAGACGAGAGUGAGACAGAUGGACUGGUGACGAAAGCACUAGUGCUUGGCGACUUCGAGUCCGCUGUUUCGUUGUGUCUUUCUGCCGAACGCUAUGCGGACGCUGUCUUGCUCGCGAUCAAGGGUGGCGAAGAUCUUCUUCAACGCACCCAGAAGGCUUACUUCGAACGGCGCACCACCUCGUAUCCCUAUCUUCGUUUAUUCCAGAGCAUUGUCACUAAUGAUCUCUCGGACAUCGUGCAGAACGCCGAUCUUCAAGAAUGGCAGGAGAUAUUUGUGGUGCUAGUGCUGGAAUUCCAGAGCAGUCUGAUGCGUGAGGGCGGUGCAGAGAACGAGGACGAUGCCUUUGAAUUGAGGAAGACGGCGACUUUGACAUAUCUGGCCGCAGGAAGGCUGGAGAGACUCUUGAACAUCUGGAUCGAGGAACUCGCCGAAGAAGAGAUUUUGUUAUUGGACGAUCAAGAUCAGCUGAGCAGUUCGCGAUAUGCAGCCCAUGCCCACGCUUUGCACACCUUCAUAGAGAAGGUGACCGUCUUCCGCGAUGCCACCAAGUAUGUGGACGGCGAUUUGGCACAGGUACCAGGUGAAGACGCCGGUGCCAAGACGUACAAACUCGGCGCGUUGUAUGAUCGAUACUUUGAGUAUGCGGACGUACUCAGUGCUCAGGGUUUGGUGAAGGAGGCUGUUGCCUUUUUGAAGUUAACGCCGGCAGAUUACAUAGGGUCUGCAUUGGACUGCGCAGGAAUCAGGGAGCGUCUACUGAUGGCUUCUGGAGAGCGCGAGGUGACCCUAGCUGUUCCCUUGGCAGGUACCAGUCAUGCUGCUAUUCAACCCGUCCCUGCGCAUACUAUUCCCUCCACGCUAUCUGGCUACGCCAGCUACACGCGAUCUGUUCCAGUUGUCCCUGCUCAGAUGUAUGCGCCUGUUCAAACCAUCUCUCAGCCAUCACAUAAUCUACAUGCUGUACCCUCUGCUGCCAGGCCAAUUCACCCCACUUCAGUUCCGCAGCCAGCCCAACACCAACAUCUGCCACCGUCCCGUGGUCCCAUGCCUCCCUCUACCCCGCUGAACCGCAUGCCAAACGGUGGCUGGAACGAUGCUCCUGUUAUGACCAAUGAUCGUCGCACCCCAUCUUCAUUGAAUCUUCAGAAGCCUCUGGCUAUAGUGUCUCCCUUCCCCAAUGCUCCUUCUCCCAGAAUUGCGUCACCUCCUGCUCCUGGCCCGCCACACACGAGUGGGCAUGGUCAGAACCCUCCUCCCCCUCCGCCACGGGCGGCACAGUGGUCGAUGCACCCACCGCCUCCCUCUCAGGCUCGACCUCCUUCUGGGCCUCCUGCUCAUUCACAGGGCAUGCAACCACCAUCAAACCGGUUAAUGUCUCCUGCCCAACAGCAUGCUCCUCUUCCUUCUGUCCCUGGUCCAUACUCGCCGUCCAUGCAGCCCGCUCAAUUGCAGCCUCCUGGGCCGUAUGCCCGUGCCACUCCUCCACCUGGUCCUCUUCGUAGUCCUGGGCAGCCACUCGGCCCACCUAGGCCGUAUGCAACGCCUCCGCCAGGGCAGGCCGGUCCUCCGCUGCCGCCAGGUCCCUAUGCACCUCCUUCCGGCCAAGCUCAGCAACCACCAGGUCCAUACGCACUUCCUCCUAGCCAAGUUCAACAGCAGCAACCCCGUGGAAUUCCACAGGGUCCACCGCGAGUGGCUCCCGCACCACAUCCCCUUGCCGGUCUGCCUAAGCAAGGACCUCCUGGAGCUGCAUCAGCCGGAGGUGUCAGCAACACGCAGCCUCCACGUUCUCGACAAGGCCCACCGCCACCAAAAUAUCCCCCGGGAGACCGGGCUCAUAUCCCCGAGUCUGCGUUGCCCAUCUUCAAUAUCAUCAACGAGCAACUCACACGGAUGAAGCAGACGACACAACCCCAACAACGACGAAUGGCUGAUGACCUUGAGCGCCGAAUCAACUCUCUAUUUGAUGCUUUAAAUUGUGAAACAUUGUCCAAGCCUGUGGUUGACCAGUUGCUUGUUUUGGCAAGAGCCAUGGAGGCGCAUGACCGAGAUGCUGCGUUGUCUAUCCACGUCGACCUUCUCACUCGUGGCUCGCAGACAGAUGACAUUGGCUUGUGGAUGUCGGCGAUCAAGCAGCUCAUUAUUCGCAUGUAA